AUGAGGGAGGCAGACGGGCUACGGCAGCGUCGGCCUCUGCGGCCUCAGGUUGUCACGGACGAUGGCCAAGCUUCGGAGGCUAAGGACGGCAGCACUUUUAGUGGCAAAGUGUUCCGAACGACUUUCCUGAUGCUUGCUGUUUGCCUCACCAUUCCCCUGCUAGGCGCCAUGGUGCUGCUGGAGUCUCCCAUAGAUCCACAGCCUCUCAGCCUCAAAGAACCUCCUUUGUUGGUUGGUGUUCUGCAUCCAAAUACAAAGUUGCAACAGGCCAAAAGGCUAUUUGAAAAUCAGCUUAUUGGGCCAGAGUCCAUAGCACAGAUUGGGGAUGCCAUGUUUACUGGAACAGCAGAUGGCCAGAUUGUGAAACUUGAAAAUGGUGAGGUAGAGACAAUUGCCCGAUUUGGCACUGGCCCAUGCAAAACUCGAGAUGAUGAGCCUGCCUGUGGACGACCACUGGGCAUUCGUGCUGGGCCCAAUAGGACCCUUUUUGUGGCUGAUGCCUACAAAGGACUAUUUGAAGUAAAUCCCUGGAACCGUGAAGUGAAACUGCUGUUGUCUUCUGAUACACCAAUUGAGGGAAAGAAAAUGUCCUUUGUGAAUGAUCUUACAAUAACUCAGGAUGGGCGGAAAAUAUAUUUUACGGAUUCUAGCAGCAAGUGGCAAAGACGAGAUUAUCUGCUUUUGGUUAUGGAGGGAACAGAUGAUGGACGCCUUCUAGAGUAUGACACUGUGACCAAGGAAGUGAAAAUCUUAAUGGACCACUUGCAGUUCCCUAAUGGAGUACAGCUUUCUCCCACCGAAGACUUUGUCUUGGUGGCGGAAACAACCAUGGCAAGGAUCAGAAGAUUCUACGUGUCUGGUCUGAUGAAGGGAGGGGCAGAUAUGUUUGUGGAGAACAUGCCUGGAUUUCCUGACAACAUCCGACCCAGCAGUUCCGGGGGAUACUGGGUUGGCAUGGCAACUAUCCGCUCCAACCCUGGGUUUUCCAUGUUGGAUUUCUUAUCUGAGAGACCCUGGAUUAAGAAACUAAUUUUUAAGCUCUUCAGUCAGGAGAUGGUGAUGAAGUUUGUGCCACGAUACAGCCUCGUCUUAGAACUAAGUGACAGUGGGGCCUUCCGACGAAGCCUGCAUGACCCCACUGGCCUGGUGGCCACAUAUACCAGUGAGGCACAUGAACAUGAUGGACACCUGUACCUGGGCUCCUUCAGGUCCCCUUUCCUCUGCCAGCUCAACUUGGAGUCUGUGUGA